CCAUAUAAAAGGAUGUCAAUUAGCGGUCAACUCGAUAAUCGACCGAAUGGAUCUCGACACUCGUAUCAAGGCCUAUAGAUUUGUCGCCUAUUCAGCGGUAACCUUUUCGGUGGUUUCAGUCCUAUCAGUUUGUGUCACUCUGCCGAUGGUUUAUAAUCAUGUACAUCACAUUCGCAGACAAAUGCAUAACGAAGUUACUUACUGCAAGGGAUCAGCUAAAGAUAUUUGGUCUGAAGUACAUCAGCUGAAAAACGUUCCUCCUCGUAACAAUCGUACAGCUCGUCAAGCAGGAUAUGGUGAAGAUGCUGGUGUUACGGGCGGAAUAACUUCUCGAGGAGGCUGUGAUGGUUGUUGCUUGCCAGGUCCGGCAGGACCACAGGGCGCACCUGGUAAACCAGGCAGACCUGGCAAACCAGGUGCACCAGGUCGUCCAGGGAACCCAGGCAGAUCUUCACAGCAACCUUGUGAACAACCCAGCCCGCCUCCAUGCAGACCGUGUCCUGCCGGGCCACCUGGUCCACCAGGACCUGCCGGCCCAAUGGGAGACCCGGGAGCACCAGGAAGACCCGGAAGCGACGGACAAAGUGGUCCACCCGGCCCACCAGGACCGAAGGGCGCACCAGGAGCACCGGGACCAGCUGGACCAGUUGGACCAGUUGGAGAUCCAGGGGCAAAUGCUGCUGGUGGUCCAGUUAGCCCAGGACCUCCAGGACCACCCGGUGAUCAAGGACCACCAGGACCUCCAGGGCCGCCAGGGCAACCUGGAUCUGACGGAGUGCCAGGACCAGCUGGGCCAAAAGGACCUCCCGGACCUGAUGGAGCGCCAGGUCCUGAUGGGCAGCCCGGCAGACCAGGAGCCCCAGGAAAUAGAGGAACUUCAGGAGAAAGAGGCAUAUGUCCAAAAUAUUGUGCUAUUGACGGUGGCGUUUUCUUUGAGGAUGGAACUCGUCAUUUGAAUAAAUAUUACAAAUUGCUUAAUCAGUCAAAAAUCAACUUCUAUCCAUCCUUGUUCCUUAUAAUUAAGAUCAUUCACGAUUUUAUAGGAAUUAUAGGAAACUCGAGUUUAGGCGGACCAGAAAUUGAAAACUAA